AUGAAAAUUAUUAAAAGUUCUUCCCUUGGAAAUAUUCAAAUUUUUUCAUUAAUUGUAUUAUUUGUUACAAUUAUUUCAACAAUUUGUAGUCAUUUAUUUUUUAAUAUUGACUAUUGCGCCAAAGAUAGAUUAUUCGAUAAAAGAGAAAAAUCAAUAUUUCAUCAUCUUUAUUUAUUUAUAUCAUUUGGAUGUGUAUUAUUAAUUGCAUUUCAAAUAAUAUUUUGGAAUCCUUUAAAAUUUAAAUUUAAUUUUAAAUCAUUAUUUUUAAUUUUACAUUCAUUUUUAUGGUAUGGUGCAACUUAUUGUAUCUGCUUUUUACUUAAAAGAAUAUUAGACGACAAAACAUGCAAUAAAUCUCAUAAUAGUGUAUCGGGUCACUUUUUAUUCCAUACAUUUUAUUUAAUAGCCGUACCAUAUUGGUUUUUAACAGUUGGUAGAUUGCAUAAUAAAAAUAUUCAAAAGAUUGAAAAUAAAGAAAAAGAAGAAGAGGAACAAGAAGAAGAGGAGUUGGAGGAAGAUAAUAGUUCUCCAUCGCAAUCAAGAUUAAAUAAAAGAAACCAAAAGACCAAAAAAUCACCAGUAGCUAAAAGAAUUAAUAAUAACAAAAAACAGGAUAAUAUUGUUGUAAAAAAAAAUCAAAUUAAACCAAGAAAUGAAUUAUUAGUUAUCAAAAGACUUUUAACUGAAAACUCUACAACUAUUUUAUUAAUUAUUCCAUAUAUUAUUUAUAUUUAUUCAAGUUAUAUCAAUUUAGAAAAAACAUGGGUACAUGGUUUUCAUUCAAUAAGACAAAUUUUAUAUGGUUUGAUAUUAUCAUUCUUUUCAUUAUAUUCAUUAUUAUUCAUUACUUCAAAAAAUAAUAAUUUAGAUAAAAAAUCAUCAUGUUUUUCAUUAAUAAUUACAUUGGGAUUCUUUUGGUCAGUUUCAUUAAUGUUAUUAAAUUACUACUCAGUCCGUAUUCCAUUUGGAAUGGUUGAACUCGUAUUGUUCACAACUGGGUUUAUAUUUUUAAUUUAUUUUUCAUUUGGUUUACCAUUAUUAAAAACUAAAAAAAAUAAAACAGACUAA